AUGACCGUCAAGGAUCUAUCAGCGUUUGAUAGUCAACUUUCCAAAGGUCAGAAAGCUGACACACUUGUCACACUAGCUGGUCGAGUUCAGGCCAAGCGCGAAUCGAGUGCCAAACUAGUAUUUUAUGAUAUUAUUCAGAAUGGAGAGCCAAUACAGGUUGUUGUGUCUCGUGGAAGGUUUGAGGGAUCGUUCGAUGAAUUUGCAGCUGCAAACCAAGAGGUGUGUCGUGGUGAUAUUGUCUCUUUUACGGGUGUACCUGGAAAGACAAAUCAUGGCCAACUCAGUGUGUUUGUAACCAAGGAUAUGAGGGUCCUCUCGCCUUGUUUACAUGACAUCCCGAAACAUGAAUUAAAAGAUCCAGAAAAGCGAUUCCGAGAAAGACAUUUAGAUAUGCUUGUAAACCCUCAUGUUACGGACAUAAUGCGUACUCGUACCAAGAUUAUUCGUUUUAUUCGAAGGUUCUUGGAUGAUAGAGAUUUCUUGGAAGUAGAAACGCCUGUUUUGUCUGGGAAGGCAGGAGGUGCAAAUGCCAAACCUUUCGAAACCCACGCACAUGCCCUUGACAUGGAUAUGCAACUCCGUAUUGCACCUGAACUUUAUCUAAAGCAAUUGGUUGUGGGCGGUAUAGACAGGGUCUAUGAAAUUGGAAAGCAGUUUAGAAACGAGGGUAUUGAUGCUGAUCACAAUCCUGAGUUCACGACAUGCGAGUUUUACCAAGCAUACGGAAAUUUAGAGAGUCUGAUACAAGACACAGAAACAAUGCUGUCAGAAAUGGUGGAAAGUAUUACUGGAACUCGUAUUCUUGAAUCUCACAAAGGUGAAGCCAUUACAUUUGACCGACCUUUUAAGCGAAUCAAUGUUUUGGAUCGCCUUGAAACACAACUCGGUAUUCCGAUUGCAGAACUUGAUGGAAAACUCGGUGUUGACACUCUACUACAGGCUUGUCGUGAAUUGUCUAUCCCAGUAUCACGUCCUUUUACUACUGCACGCAUUCUUGACAAACUAAUCUCCCAUUUGAUUGAGCCUGAAUGUACUCAACCUACAUUUUUAUACAACCACCCAAUUGCAUUGAGUCCACUGGCAAAAGGAGGUGUAGAUGAGAAGGGUCGUCGUAUAGCCGCUCGUUUCGAGCUAUUUGUUAGAGGAAAAGAAAUUGUCAAUGCUUACGAGGAGUUGAAUGAUCCUGUGGAACAACGUUUGAGAUUUCAGCAACAAGCAAAUGAUCGUGUAGAUGGUGACGAUGAAGCUCCUGUACCUGAUCUUGCAUUCUGUCAAGCCCUGGAGUACGGUCUUCCGCCAACUGCUGGUUGGGGAAUGGGUGUAGACCGGGUAGUCCAGAUUUUGACAGGAGCUACACACAUCAGAGAAGUGCUUGCAUUUCCUGUAAUGCGUCCCCUCCAGUCAACCACUCCCAAAACAAGUAUAAGUGUUGCCUCUUUUUAA